AUGUUAAAUAAUACUGUUUCCUUCCACUUUAACCUCACUAUGUUUGGUGAUUUUGGACAUUACUACUAUGCAGCCUUUGUGUUUUGCCUCCUGCUUUAUGCUUUUAUUGUCUCUGCUAAUCUUGUCAUAAUAUUGGUCAUAACAAGAGAGAGAGCGCUACAUGAGCCCAUGUACAUGUUGAUUGCUUGUUUAUCUGUCAAUGCUCUCUAUGGAUCUGCUGGUUUUUUCCCCAGAUUUCUCAUGGACCUUCUGUCAGACACUCAUCUCAUCUCACAUCCGGCUUGUUUCACUCAGAUCUAUGUUAUUUACACAUAUGCUGCUAAUGAACUGACCAUUCUGGGGAUUAUGGCAUAUGAUAGAUACGUUGCUAUAUGUCACCCUUUACACUGUCAUAAAAAAAUGACCUUCAAAACUGUUAUUGUAUUGGCUGCGCUGGCUUGGAUUUAUUCAUCUGGCAUAGUCACAGCAGCCAUUUCUUCUUCUUCCAGGAUUUCUUUAUGUGGUAAUGAGAUACAAAAAGUGUUCUGUGCCAGCUGGAAUGUGGUGAAACUGUCAUGCAUUCCCAACCUUUACAGUGGUGCUGCAGGAAUGCUCAUGACAGUAACUACAGUUUUCCUUAACCUCUUCUAUGUCCUGUACACAUAUGUAAGAAUCGUAAUCAUCUGCUGGAAAAGCUCAUCAGAUUUUAAAAGCAAAGUAUUACACAGCUGCAUACCGCACAUUGUUUCAUUUACAGUUUAUUCCAUUACAGCGUUUUGUGACAUCGCUCUGAGUCGCUAUGAUCCUGAACAGAUAAAUCCUAUUUUCGCUGUUAUUUUAUCACUAGAGUUUGUUGUUAUUCCUCCCAUUCUGAAUCCACUUGUGUACGGUUUAAAGUUACCAGAAAUUAAGAGACAUAUUUCAAAGAUGCUAACAUGGCAUAAAAUAAUCUAA